GGCGGGGAGGUAGGAGGCGGAGGAGGAGGAGGAGAGGAGGAAGAAGAGGAGGACACAACUCUGUCUGAAAGGACACCAGAGGACAGCGGGAGGAAGAGCAGCCAUGUCAGACACACCUUUGCAGAGGAACGGCACGGCGAACGCCCCGAUGUCGUGUGAGGAGGCUCAGCUCCACAAAGAGAGGCUGCAGGCUUUGGCGGAGAAGCGAAAACGACAAACUGAAAUUGAAGACAAAAGAAGCCAACUUGAUGAUCUGGUGCUACAACUACAGCAUGUCAAGUCCAAAGCCAUGCGGGAGCGAUGGCUGCUCCAGGGGACGGGUGUGGAGGAAGAGGAGGCUCGACGGAAACAGCUGGAACAGGAUGAAGAGCAGGGGAAGAGGCUGGAAGACAUGAUUCACAGGUUGGAGUCUGAAAUCGGUGCGCUUGAGAGCGAAGAGUCUCAGAUCUCGGCCAAAGAACAAGUUCUUCGAGAGCGUCUGAAAGAGACGGAGCGCUCGAUAGAAGACCUGCAGAAGAGUCUGAUGACCCAGGAUGAAGAUGCCACCGGCUGCAUGUCCGCCCCUCUCUCGGACUGCAUGGACCCCAAUCCCAACCACCUGGUCCCGGCCUCGCAGCCCCGGACCGGCCCGCCUACCUCCAGAGAGCACGCCAUACCAAGACCUGCGAUGUUUGCCAUGGAGAUCAACAUGCAGCACGACCCGCAGACCGGCGAGCAGCGCAUCCUGUCGGCCAACCGCGUCAACCCGUCGGACGCGGCGUCGCGCGGCAUCAAAGUCUACGACGACGGCAGAAAGGUGGUCUACGAGGUCAGCUCCUCCGGCGGCGUGUCCACCACCGCGGUGGAGAACGGGUGGAGCUCGGCACAGGUGGACCAGCUGAUCCAGCGAGCUGCCAGGCCCGGGUCACGAGGAGGAGACAGCGGUAGGGGUCAGGUUACGGUGACCCCAGCUGCCCCGGAAGCCUACGUCUCCCCAGCAGACAUGGAUGAUCUGUCUCCACCCUCCUGUGCUCCACCAUCCAUCCCCUCCAGCCCACCGGCCCAGGUCGUCCUCCAGAGGGAACCCCGGCUGGGCAUGAUGCCUCCUUCUGCUCCGGUCACGACCCAGCCGGGCUCCUCGGCCCACCCGGGCAACGAGGUGACCUCCCCGCCCCAAGCCAGCACGGACCACCCGGUCACCAUGGUGUUCCUCGGCUACCAGGACGUUGAAGACAUGAGCGAGAGCAGGCGGCUGCUUGGCUUCGACGGCGCCGUGAAGGCCGAGGUCGUCCUCAUCGACGAAGACGACGAGAAGUCUCUGAGGGAGAAGACGGUCACCGACAUCUCGGUCAUCGACGGCACGGCGGCCGACCUGGUGUCGGGGCGGCCAGCCACGUCUGAGGCCGCCAGCACGGAACUGUCAUCCGACGGCCGUGAACCCGACAGUGCCUCCUCGCCCCCCGCAAACCCAGAAGCCAACACGGCCCCCCCGCCCGGCCUCACCCCCGCCACAGGCUACAGCCAAACACCAGGGGUUACCAUGGCAACAGCAAAUGGCUAUCAAGCUCCCAUUCCAUCCAGACAUCCUCACACCGCAAUGAAAUCAUGGCGGGCAGCCGAGGAUGUCAGUGACACAGCACCCAGAGAGCGAGCCCUGAAGAGCGUCAGUUUCCAGGAAUCCGUCAGCGUCAUCUCUGACCGGCCUGCAGCCAUGGAACUGGAGAGCCAGCAGAUCCAACAUGGCUGCCUCAGCAGCCCCACUAGCCGAGCCCACAAUGCAGUCGGUGUGAAAGUAGAGACUUCUGACAGCGAAGUGAUGCAGGAGAUCCGCUACCUGGACCAGGUGUUAGACGCAGCCUCAGAAACACCCACCAAUGGAAACUCCUCUCCUUCAGAGCACAUCAAGCCCAUCAGCGUCGACGGAACCUCUCCUUCCGUCUGCAUGUCGGCCUCCUCCCCCGUCAAUCACCAGCCCAUCGUUGUGGAGGGACAGAGACAGACCACGUUCCUCCACCAGGAGGAGUCUGCGGUGAGGACCAACGGUCACGUGCAGGGAGACGAGUCGGGGCGCGGCCAGGCCAAGUUUGAGUUGCGAGCGUUCCAGGAGGAGAGACGUCCGGCGAAACUGUUCUCCCCUGGAGAGGAGCAGCAGGUCAGGGUGACGAGGAGACGACCCUCAGAGGAGGUUCAGGAGUUGGAGCGCGAACGUCAGGAGCUGAUCAGAGACCAGGCGGUGAAGAAGAACCCUGGGAUUGCACAGCGCUGGUGGAACCCUCCCCAGGAGGUGCCUUUGGAGGAGCAGCUGGAUGCAGAGCAGCUCGAGUCUCUCAAGAAAUAUCAGGAGAGGAAACAGCAGAGACAGACUCACUCUUAUGUAUACACUCAGCCUCAGGUUUCGUGUCCUCCCACAGCUGUAACCUUUGACCCAGAGCUAAACAAGAAGGAUGACAUCGUGGAGGAGCAGAUCGACUUCUCAUCUGCCAGGAAGCAGUUUCUGCAGGGGGGAGCUACCAAGAAGGACAUAGCUCCUCACUUAUACUCUGCCAAACCGUUCUCCAAAUCCGUACCCAGGAGCAGCCAGGGAAGCGGUGAUAUUGUUGCAGAAACCGGAGAGAGUCAUGUGACCUGGUCUGAUGAAGGCAUAGCGGGAGAAUUUACAUGUGCACGUGCUGUAAUGACAAUCCUGCGAGGCGAGGAGGAGGCGAAGGGUCCCUUCCAUCCGUCUUUCCACCUGGAGGAGUCUGACUCAGGAUUGGACGAGUUAUCUGUCCGCUCUCAGGACACUACAGUGUUUAGCUUGGAUAAUGUUUCUGACAGCGGGGCUUCGCUACCACCCACCCCACUGCCUCUCACCCCGGUGUCACCACCUACCCCCCAGCCCACCACCCCGGUCAACGGGCGCGUCUGUGGCGGUCCGACAGAAGAUGAGCUGGAGUACCACGCUGGGGUUCUGGUCCAUAACGCCAUUCAGAACGCUCUCGCAGCUCAGAAUGGAGGCGACUGGCAGCCAUCCCACUUCAACUCUUCUCAGCUGAGCGCUCCGGUGUCUCCAUCCUCCGCCUCUACAAGCAGCCCAGUGCCAGUUUCUUCCUCUCCUGUGUCUUCUGGUGGAGCUCCCAGUUUUCAGUCACCGGUGUCCACCAGUCCUGCUCCAUCCAACCCGUCCCCACAGCCGGACAGGGAGCCGGUGGUCAGAGUUGUUUCCCAAGAGAAGCCAGAGUCAGAAUCAGAGGCUCAGCAGCAGUCCUCCAGUCCAGCACAGCUCCAGACACCGUCUCCUCCACCAUCUCAGCCCAUCUCACCACCACAGAGACCCAAAAACGGAGGCCCCAGAAUCAAAAUCCAGUCCUCUUACACCAGAGCACUCGCCUCCUCAGCCCCGGCUCCGGCUCCAGCUCCUGCCUCAGCUCCUCCAGUCUCCAGGCCAACCCCAGUGUACCGUCCCCCUUCUCCUCCAAGCCCAGAGAAGUCAGAGUUCAGCUACUUCAGUAAAUACUCAGAGGCAGCAGAGCUGCGCAGCACAGCAGCAGCAACAAAAGGCCCUGAGGUGGAGGCGGCCAGCGGCCCGUUCCGUCUGCGCUCCAAGAAGCAGCGGACGUUGUCCAUGAUCGAGGAGGAGAUCCGAGCAGCUCAGCAGAGGGAGGAGGAGCUGAAGAAGCAGAGGGAGACGCAGCCGCUUAUCGUGGUCCGAUCCAGCAACGCUUCCAACAGCAGUCAUGGACCUGUGAGGACGGGGAUGCGACAAACCACCAUUUCCCCAGCAGAUAAGAUGAAGAGCAACAGCCUGCCAACCAGACUCACACUGACAGCACGGACUGCACCAGGAAAGAUUGAGAAAAUUCGACCUGCGCCGCCCGUCUCCCCCUCACCCUCAGAGGGAGCUCUGUCCGACGCCGGCAGCGAGGACUCUGGAGGUUCACGACCCAAAAACUUCAUGCAGACGCUGAUGGAAGACUAUGAAACGCACAAAGUGAAGAGAAGGGAGAAGAUGGAAGACAACAGUUACGCCCGCUUGUUGCUGGCUAACGAGGUAACCACUGAGGUUCUGGAAGCGACUCGCGUAACCAGGAGGAAAAGCAACAUGGCGCUGAAGUGGGAAGCCGGUAUCUAUGCCAACGAGGAAGGAGAGGAGGAAGAAGAGGAGGAGGAGGAGGAGGAGGAAGAGGAGGAGUAAACAGCUCUCCUUUUAGAGACAGUUCAGCAGGAGGAAGAGGAGGAGGAGGAAGAGACUGAAGGAAACAGAAAGCAGUAUUUAUUUCACUAAUAGUAUCCUGAUGAUCACAUGACCCCGCUGGCUUCGACCAAUCGGGGCUCGUCGAGUUUUGAGGCCUGGGAAUGGAAGGUGCAGCAGUACGUCAGCGUGUAAGAGAUGUUUGAAGUAUUGAGGUGAGUUUAGAGCGAGAGACACUUUGAACGGUUUGACGGUGGUUUGAGAGCGAAGUUUAUUUGGGAUAAAAUGUUUUGAGUAGCCGGUAGACGCUGAAUGAUGUAAGUAUUCAUAGGAUUUCUCACCUAUCUGCAGUUUUAUUGUUGAAAUAUGGGGUUGCCUGAGACGUGUUGAUGGUGGAUUUGGCUGUGUGUGCUUGAGAAGUCUUUUAAAUACCAACAAGAAGAUGCUCUAAAAACUACUUCCGACUGACAGGACGGAGACACAGAGAGGCCAAAUCACACACACAUUCUUUUAUAUUGUUUCCUGGACAUGUUGAUGCUGCAGAAAUGAUUUCCAGGAGCUGAACUGAAAGGCAUCCCCCCCUCUCCAGAGCAUCUCUAAUGUUUUAUCUUCUGCCCCCUGCAGUGCAGAUGUUACUCGAGCAUGUUGGCGGGAGCUUUCGCAUUCCUUUCAAGCGUCCGUAUUAAAUCUGAAGUGCCGACUCGAGGCUCAGCAUCCUCGCAUCGCAGAACUAACUUUGCCUUAGACUGUCAGUGAUUGUUGUAUGAUGUAUUACUCUCCUCUCCUAUCCUUAUUACUGCAGUUCCAGUAGACUUUAGAGAGCAAAAGCAGCCACGUUAGACUGAGAGUUUGUCUAUAAUCACUACAAACAGGAGAGGAACUAGCUGGUGCCGGUGUGUGUGUUGAUUAAAGGGCUGGGUCAGGGCUUUUAUAUUCUAGAACAUCACUUAUUUUACCUUCGUCGCUUCGUUGACCUGUGCUUUCUGAUGUAAGCAGUCGUUUCAUGUAUUAUACUGAGGUAGGGCUGUGUAUUUGAUGUAUGAAGAUCUGCCGUGUAUCUGCUAUACCUUGCUAGCUGAGGAUAAAGUUUGAUGAAGAAAAAAAAGUAGUGAAAAAAGCUUUUUAUAAAAAUGUUCUUAUACCAAAACGGGAUGUUGUUAUUUAGGGAGAAUCGGUCGGCUCUUCUGAGCUCUUCGUUCUAUUUAAGAAGAUGGUGUGCAUGGAUUUACACUCCUUUUGUAGCCGGAAACAAGCACACAACAAGCAGCGAAGAGGACGCAGUCGACUAUUUAAGAGGCUGUAACAGAAUCCUGUUCACCUUCUAUGUACUAAUACUAAAUGUAUUGUGAGUUUUCAUUUGAUUUUCUGAAAAUGUUCGGCAGCAAAGAAACGUUCCGAUACGUUGCUGCAGAAAAGCAGAUUCAGCUUCACGACUAAAGCAGUAAAAACACUGAAGCACAAUCCCAUUUAUCCCUAAGAGCCUAGAGCAGGGGUGUCCAGCUCAUCUUAGUUCAGGUUCUACAUUCAGCCCAGUUUGAUCUCCAGAGACCAGUAAAAUCACAGCAGAAUAACCUAGAAAUAACCACAAUGUUUCCUUUGUUUUAGUGCAAAAAUGUUCACAUUUAAGGAAUUAUCUUUUUACAAAACAUCAUGAACAACCUGAAAUUUCUUCAGAAAAAUAAAUUCAGUUUCAGCAACAUUCAGCCUCAGUUUAUCAUUUCCACAUUACAACUUCCAGAUCACAGAGUGUCUACAAAGGAACACAACAUUUACUCACAAAUAUCUGGAACUGAAUGAUUUAGUAUUUUACUUCAUGAUCAAAAUGACAAAAGUCAGACAAAAAACAACAAAAACAAGACACAAAAUGACCAAAAAUGAGGAAAAAUGACAUGAAACAGAACAAAAUAGAGACAAUUAGACAAAAAAGGUACAGAGCGACAAAAAAAAUGGACAAACGACAUAAAACUAAUUAAAAACUUACACAAAUGACAGACCAAACAUGAGAAAAGCAAGAAACAAAAUGACAAAAAAGAUGAAAAACACACACAAUACACAAAACAACACAAAAUGACAAAAAUCAGACAAAAAAACAAGCAAAACUAAAGGGAAACACAAAACAACAAAAACAUGAGACAAACGACAAAAGUCAGACAAAAAUACACUAAAAAAAGGGGAAAAUAUUCCAAAAAGGAGACACAAAAUGACAAAAGAACAAUGAGCAAUCUAGUAUUUUACUUUAUAAUCAAAGCUACUUGUCAUGGUCUAGAAAUGAUUUUAAAUUUAUAGUUCUACUAAUUUACAAUCUGCAGUUAAUGUCUUCUCUGGAAUUUUUACACUUUGAGGACCGGAUUGGAGCCUCUGGAGGACCACUUUUGGCCCACGGGCCUCAUGUUGGACACCCCUGAUCUAGAAGAUCGACUUCAAUCGAGAUUUAAAAGUAGAAAUGUGUCAAAAUGGCUGAAGAAGCAGUAGAUCUGAACCACUUGAACUGAAAAGUAGCAAAAUGAUUGUAGUCCUCGGUCUGUCAGCUCGUUUAUCGAAGCCUGUGAGAUUCUUUUUUUUUCUGCGUUUGGAUGUUAGGAGCAGAAAAAAUGUUCGUAUAAACCAAAGUUUUAUCGCUACGUCUACUCAUGUGUCCUUCAGCAAAGGCACUGAUCUCUCAAUAUAACCCUCAGCUGAAUGCCUGAAAUACAGAUUAACUUGCAGAAAAUAUAACGAAUCGCAGGACACGUAAUAUUGUUUCUGAGUCCAGGACAAGCUGCUCUUUGACUUUUCAUGUGCUCUGAAGGAAACGCAGUGCCAGCAUUGCCACUAACCAGAAGUGAAAACCAAGGACUCGUGCCUCCGGGACGUUUCUAUUCCCUCUCCCCAACACAAAAAGCCCAUGCGUUGGUUCCAGAGAAUCUUCCUCGUUCUUGUUUUUAUACACAUUUAGUAAUAUAUGAACUGAAAAAGAAGUAUUUAAAAGACCGGUGUCCCAUUUUAGGAGACUGAAUUGUUUGUAGUUGCAUUAGAGGUACAGUAUUGAGUUUUAAAGGACGGAUAGAAAAAUGCAGAAAUGAGACGACAAAAAGCUUCACUUCCAGAUGUUAGGGACAGAUUCUCAGCUUCCAGAUGGUUUUAAAAGCACUUCUUUAUUUGUAUUUUUACAGCAUCCCUGUUAGGAUUGACUUCAGCUGGCCUUUUUUUCUAAAUUCCAGAUGGAUAAUAGUUUCAGUGGCUUAUUCUGGAUGCCUGCUGAGCAUCUCCUGUGUUUGUUCAUGACCUCUAAAAGCCUCUUCCUCAUUCUAAAACACACUUUCCUCAUUUUUCCGCUUCAAAGGGCACAAAAAAAGCCCCUAAACCCUUCAGAUUUCUCAUUAAACACACUAUUCCCCUGAAAUAACAAUCAUGCACACGCAGAGGAGUUGUUGAAUUGUGUGAUUUAUAAUUAUUAUUAUUAUUAUUAUUAUUAUUAUUAUGCUUUUGAUGUUUGAAUUCAUGGUGCAGAGAUGAUUUUAUUUAUCAUUUUAAAUGCUGGUAGCUUGUUUUUUUGUGGCCUGCAGAAGCGUCCGAGCUUCGUUUGUGGGACGAAGCAAACCUUCUUCUCCAGUAAACAGUAUAAGCUCUGUUCCUAUGUUAACCACUUGUAUGCUCAUACUCUGCUUUGUUAUUUUAUAGCUCAUGUAAGGCUCACAGUUACACACCUACUAUACAUAUUAUGAAUAUUUUCUCAUUAAAAACAAAACCUGUACA